CGUUUUCUUAUCAUUUCUUUUGAAGCUUUUUGAUUUAACUUUUGAUUAACUUUCUUUUUUUUUGUGAAUCUAUUUGACAAUUAAAGAUAUUCGUUUAAACCAUGAUUACCAAUUGAUCUAAUACAUCUAAUCGAAUUGUUUGUAUCUCAGAUCGUAUUUUCCAAAUCUCCACCUUCACCUGGUUUCAUUUCUAAUUUUUUCUUUUCUCAAACAAGUAUCUUAUCUAUCAAUUGUUGAAAUAUAUUAUCACCAAUCAAGUAAACAUAAUAUCUGCUUUCGACUAAAAAUAGAGCCAAGAAAAAGCCAUGGGAGGUGCAGUCAGUGCUGGUGAAGAUAACGAUGCUUUAGUUGAUAAUUUGGUCUCUGCUGAUAUCAUCCGAUCCAAAGAGAUUGAGCAAAUCUUCCGUGCCGUUGAUAGAGGCCACUAUUAUCCCGAAAGGUUCAAAGAAGAUGCUUAUAGAGAUUCAGCAUGGAAAGACGGUAAUCUUCACCUCUCCGCUCCGUGUAUCUAUUCAGAGGUCAUGGAACAUCUCGACCUAAAGCCAGGUCUUUCUUUCCUUAACAUGGGCUCAGGUACAGGUUAUCUUUCAACGAUGGUGGGUCUUGCCUUGGGCCAUUCUGGUAUCAACCAUGGGAUCGAGUUACACCAAAGUGUCGUUGAUUAUGCUUACCAAAAACUUGACGAAUUUAAAUCAAAAUUAUCUACCUCAGAUUUCUGUGAGCCAACAUUUGUUGUCGGCAAUUGUUUAAAAGUUGAUCCAUCUACCAUGAGACUAUAUGAUCGAGUCUAUUGUGGGGCCGCUGUAUCGGAAAAAGAUGAACUGUACAUGAGACGAUUCCUGAAAAUCAAUGGAUCACUAGUGAUGCCAUUAAAUGAUCAACUCGUAGUUAUGACUCGAUUCUCAGAAAAUGGAUUUUCUAAAAAUUAUUUUUACGCGGUUUCUUUUGCAUCGCUAUUACGACCUUCUCCCGAAGAUCCAAUGGUCAAACUACCGGAAAUGAGUCCAAUGAAAUUAAAGGAAAUUUGUCAUAAGAAAGUGAAAGGAUUGAUCAAUUUAAAGCGUUGCCUGGAAGACGAGGAUUGGGCUGAAAGUCCUGAGAAGCGACUGUUCACUUACUACAAUUUAUUAGAUGGAAAAUGAAUCCAAAUUAAAUCAUCAAAGUGACAAUUUAAAUUGAUCAAAAUUUAAAACACCAACAUUUUCAUCAACUUUAAAUCACUUGAACUGGAUUUCUUUUGAAAGAAAACAAAUCAAUCUCUUUUUCAUCCAUUUAAACAUUGGCUUAAUUAAAUUAUUAAUAAUCUGUUCGUUUUUUUUACGCUCAACAAUCAUCAACAAUUAAGGGAAAGAAAAGCUAAAUCACAACUUCCAUUAUCCCAGGAUAUAAAAUUAACUUGGUUUUGAAUAUCUUAAUCACUGGUUUAAUUACUCACAUUGUCCAUGUUUUUUUUUGUCGUCUUGUUAAUUAACUAACAGUUGAAUUGUUAAUAGCUGAUUAAUUACUUAUAAUCGUUUUUGUAUAACUUAUUUUCCAUGUUUAUAAAGUUACUUUCUCUCCUUU